GUUAGAUGCGCUGCCAGAGUCCCAGGGGCCACACGCUAUGGCGCACCUCCGAGGCCUGUGGCUCCUUUGCUGCCUGGCCCUGGCCGUCCUGUUUAGCCAUGUGCACAGCCAGCACGUGUUCCUGGACUCCCAGCAAGCACUGUCACUGCUGCAGAGGGUCCGGGCCCGACGUGCCAACAGCGGCUUCUUGGAGGAGCUGCGUAAGGGCAACCUGGAGCGGGAGUGCGUGGAGGAGCAGUGCAGCUACGAGGAGGCUUUCGAGGCCCUGGAGUCCUCCACAGCCACGGAUCUGUUCUGGGCCAAAUACACAGGCAACUGCGCUGAAGGGCUGGGUAUGAACUACCGAGGGCAGGUGAACGUCACCCGCUCGGGCAUCGAGUGCCAGCUGUGGAGGAGUCGCUACCCACACAAGCCUGAAAUCAACUCCAGCACCCAUCCUGGGGCCGACCUGCAGGAGAACUUCUGCCGCAACCCUGAUGGCAGCACCACCGGGCCCUGGUGCUACACCACAGUCCCCACCUUGCGGAGGGAGGAGUGCAGUGUUCCUAUCUGUGGUCAGGUGAACACCCAUGUGGUGUUGACUCCACGCUCAGCAGGCUCCUCAGUGAGUCGGUCACCUUCCUCCGAGCAAUGCAUCCCUGAUCGAGGCCGAUACUACCAGGGCCGCCUGGCGGUGACCAUGUACGGGAACCCCUGCUUGCCCUGGGCCAGCACUCAGGCCCAGAGCCUGAGCAAGGACCAGGACUUCAACCCGGACGUGCCCCUGGUGGAGAACUUCUGCCGCAACCCCGACGGGGACCAGGAGGGCGCGUGGUGCUACGUGGAUGGGGGGCCUGGCGACUUCGAGUACUGUGACCUCGACUACUGUGAGGAGAUUUUGGGGGAGGAGACAGGAGACUUGACGGACCCCGAGGAGGCCAUCGAGGGACGCACGGUCACCGAGGAGUUCCAGCCCUUCUUCAACGAGAAGACCUUUGGCACAGGGGAGGCAGACUGUGGGCUGCGGCCCCUGUUCGAGAAGAAGGAUCUGGAGGACAAAACAGAGCAGGAGCUCCUGGACUCUUACAUCCAGGGGCGCAUCGUGCACGGCUGGGACGCUGAGAUCGGCAUCGCGCCCUGGCAGGUGAUGCUGUUCCGGAAGAGCCCCCAGGAACUGCUGUGUGGGGCCAGCCUCAUCAGUGACCGCUGGGUCCUCACCGCCGCCCACUGUCUCCUCUACCCACCGUGGGACAAGAACUUCACCGUGAAUGACCUGCUGGUGCGCAUCGGCAAACACUCCCGCACCAGGUACGAGAGAAAUAUCGAGAAGAUCUCCAUGCUGGAGAAGAUCAUCAUCCACCCCCGGUACAACUGGAAGGAGAACCUGGACCGGGACAUCGCCCUGCUGAAGCUCAAGAAGCCUAUCACCUUCAGCGACUACAUCCACCCCGUGUGCCUGCCGGACAAGGAGACAGCCCACAGAUUGCUGCAGGCUGGACACAAAGGGCGGGUGACUGGCUGGGGCAACCUGAAGGAGACAUGGAAAGUGAGCCCGAGUGAGGUGCAGCCUCAAGUCCUGCAGGUGGUGAACCUGCCCUUGGUGGAGACGGCCACCUGCAGAGCCUCCACCCGGAUCCGAGUCACUGACAAUAUGUUCUGUGCUGGUUUUAAACCUGAAGAAGAGAAAAAAGGGGAUUCUUGUGAAGGUGAUAGUGGGGGACCUUUUGUCAUGAAGAGCCCCUUCAACAAGCGCUGGUAUCAAAUGGGUAUUGUGUCCUGGGGUGAAGGCUGUGACAGAGAUGGAAAGUAUGGCUUCUACACACAUGUGUUCCGCCUCAAAAGGUGGAUACUGAAAGCCAUUGAUCAGUCUGGGAGUUAGGGAGGCAGCCGCAUUCUAGAUUCCUUACUGUAAAAUCAGAAACCAAUCCACCGAGAGAACUAUUUUUGUGUUUUAUUCCUGAAACUGUAUUUCUCAAUAAAAAGUGACACUAUCAACGA